AUGUUCCUGUUGUAUGUGGUGCUGAGUCUGCUCAAGUUCAUCUGGCCCAAGUUUCAGAUGUUCAUUGAAGGCAAGCAGAAGAUCAUCAACCUUGUCAAGGACAUCACUGCGACGCUCAAGAGUGUCUCCGUUGACGAGCACUACACAUCUGUGCUAUACAGCACAUUCAUCAAGGCACUCAUCUCUGCAUGGACAGAGGGCCCCACAUGCAAACGUGAGGAUGGCACAACAUGCUCAAAGCUCACGAGCUAUGGAUGGGAUGAUUUACAGCAGAAAUUGACAUACUUUUGUUAUUGA